ACUACGUAUCAAAAACGUCAUACGUUUUGUUGACACGUCAUAACAAAAACAGCUUCUGUUGGAAACUCGUAAAAUUGACAAUUACACGCUAAAGUUAAAAUUAUUGCGUUUUACUAAUUCAUAAAUUAAAAGUGAUAAAAAAAUGGACGAGAGUAAUAUCCCCAUAGACAUUAAUAUAGGUAAGUUACAAGACUGGCUGGUUAGCCGUCGUCAUGUGAGCAAGGAAUGGCAGAAGAGCGCUCCGGCGGUGCGGGAGAAGAUCAACAAUGCUCUGAAGGACAUGCCUAAACAUGAUGACAUAGCUAGCCUGCUGGCUGGCAGCUACAUCAACUACUUCCACUGUUUGAAGAUUAUUGACAUACUGAAGUUAACUGAGGCGGACACUAAGAAUCUGUUUGGAAGGUAUGGAUCACAGAGGAUGAAAGACUGGCAAGACAUAGCUCGUAGCUAUGAGAAGGAGAACCUGUACUUGGCUGAGGCAGCUCAAAUCCUAGUCAGGAACAUCAACUAUGAGAUACCUGGUCUGAAGAAGCAGAUUGCUAAGGAGGAUCAGUUGCAAAUUGAAUUAGAGAAGAAACAUACAGAUUUCCUAAAGAAUGAAGCAUCAAGCAAGUCUGAGUUCCUGACAUUGUGCAAGCAGCUCGGUAUCCAAGGUGACAGGAUCAAGAGGGAGUUGGUGGACCGUCUGCAAGAACUGCCUGAUAUAUACGACAAGAUCGGCAAAUCCCUAAAGCCUCUCCAACCAGGCAUAGACCUUUACUCUGCAUUUUCAAAAUACAUUUUAGGCGACAAAUGUUCUGAAGUAUUGCCACUGCUACAAUACGUGGUUGAGCAUGGCAACACCACAGUGUACGAGUGGAGUUAUGGGGAGGCUCCUCUGAGUGUGGAACCCGAUCCUGUACAUAUUGAGUUGGAUGAUGAAGAUCAGGGUGCUGGUGAUCAGAUAGAUUUCGGUGACAACGCGGAAAUAGACUUCGGUUCGAUAGAGGCGCCCGCCGACAUAGAUUUUGGCGACGGCGACGCGGGCGGUGAAAUCGAUUGGGGAAACAUCGACGUGGCCGCGCCUGAGAACGUUGAUCUAUCAGCAGACUUAGCGCACGUGUCCCUCGAAGAGUCUGGCAUAGUACUGGAGGAGCAGGGCGUCUGCGGGGGAGUGGCGCGGGGGAAGGAUGCACUCACGCUGCUCGACAACCCUGCCACCAGGAACCAGAUCAUUGACCAGCUCGUCGAGUUGGAGUCAUUCCUCAAGAUGCGUCUAUACGAAACGAACACUUCGGGCGACAGUCAUUCCUUCAGCUUACUACAGCAGCUGCCCACAGAGAGCUCGGCAGCUCUGACCGCCAUGCUGGACGCGGUACAGAUCGCCACCGCCAAGCUGACCGCGCCGGAAAUCAACCAUCUGCAUAACGUGAAGCACUCACCUAGAUACGUAGACGUCCUAACAGCUCAACUAAAACAGAAGCUAGCGCUAUGCGACAAGUUGUCCCGCCUGGCGAGCCGCGCGGCGGAGCAGGGCGCGGGCGCGGCGGCGCGGGCGGCGCAUCUGCGGCCGCUGCUCACGCGCAUCGUGGACAGGACCAAGGAGUUGCAGGCACAGAUCGAGAGUGACAUAUCGAAGAAGUACAAAGGGCGGCCGGUGAACAUCAUCGGCGGAGUGAAGUUCUUAUAGAACUGGGCUUAUUGUAAAUAUCGUUGACUCUAUUCGUUAUUAUAAAUAUAUUAUAUGGUAUCUUUUUUUUUACAAA